GCUAAUCUAGGUUAGCGCUGUCGUUGAGGUCGGAAGUGGAAGCCAGAGUCUGUGCGUCUCUUCGUGGACACUUAAAACGCGGCCGGACCCCGUUACUUGACCCCACGAUGUGCUCCGUGGUCGGGUGUGAUUCGGGGCGUCGCGGUGCGCAGCGGUUCAAGUUACCGGAGGACCCGGAGAGGAGGCUGGAGUGGGUCCAGUUCCUCGCUACAGUCAAUAAGCAGCGGUUUAAAGAGUCGUCCUGGACGGACAUUACGAUCUGUAGCGAACACUUUAAAGAAUGCUGUUUUGACAACAGGACAUCCGUCCGUUCAGGUGUGACUGACGAGGUCCAGCUGACGUUAAAACCCGGUGCUGUCCCAUCACAGUGUCUCCAGUCAGAGGAGCCUGAGACACAUCUGGAGAGCCAAACAUGUGUGGAGCCUGAGGAAACCACAGAAGUUGCUUGUCUGUGUGAUCAACUUAAAACAUGUGAUGGCCCUACUGCCUUUUCUGAAGAGUCAAUGGCUGUCCAAGGAAGCCCAGUCCCAAGAGGCGUCUCAUGUUCAGCUGAUGCUUCAAAUGCUUUUGUAUCUGGCGAAAUGCAACCAAAACAUAUGGAUUUUGAUUUGAUCGGAGAAAAAGCUGCACUUCUGCAGAUGAAAGGGAAGUACGUCGUGAAUGAAAAACGUCUCCUCCAGCUGUUCAGACACAAAUGCCCGUCAUGUGGCUCCAAAGUGAAGAUGGAGAAGGUCACCUAUGGGUUGCUCAUCAUUUUGAACCAGCAGUGUCUUCAGUGUGACUACAGAAACCAAUGGAAAAGCCAAGUCAAUGCCAGCGUCCCAACAGCUGAGAAUCAACACCUGACGGAAGUAGUAGAAGUAACUCCACAGACCCAACAGGCUGUGCCAACGGGGGUCACGGGGGUCCAUGAGAUUGUUGCUGUUAUUGAUGAGGAGAGUGAGCCAAUCGAUGAAUCGAGUGAUCAGGGGGACCUGGAUUCAGACGAGGAUUGGAAGCCAGUGAAUGGCUCUUCUCGUGCUAGAGUGCUAAUAAAGAAACCCAAGGGGGAAACAGAAGAGGAAGAGGAAGAAGAAGACGACAGUGACGAAGAAGAGGAUGAAGAAGAAGACGGUGAUUAUCCUCCACUUCCUGUCAAACACAGUCGGCUCUGCACAGAGUGUGGGGUGCUCUACAAUAAACAGAGGCCUCACACAUGUGAGCACAAAAUUAGACCCUUUUCUUGCAACAUUUGCGGUAAGAGAUGCGUUAGUGACAAAGCCUUGAUUACUCACAGCAGAAUCCACGAUGAAAACUACGAGUAUCAGUGCAAAUACUGUCACGCUACAUUUAAAACAAAGGUGGACAAAAUCACCCACGAGCAGAUCCACGUAAUUCAAGGAAAACCCUAUAAAUGCCCCGACUGUCCAGAGAGUUUUGCCACAAAUAAGGAACGCAGAAUCCACCUGGAGGAUCACAGAGGCCCCCAACAGCUAAAAUGUCACAUCUGUGGCAUUGACUUCCUCUGGCCACUUUCUCUGCAGAGACACUUGGCCGUGCACACGGGAGAUAGGCCGUUUAAGUGUUCAGUGUGCCAACGUGGCUUCAAGCAGGCGGGCCACCUGAAAUCCCACAUGCGUCUGCACACAGGGGAGAGGCCUUAUAAGUGUCAGCUUUGUGACAAAAGCUUCAACCACAACGUGAGCUUGAAGAGUCACGUCCAGCGUUACCACUCACCAGGCUCUGGACGUGAGCGGAUGAAAGAAAAGCUAAACAAAAGGGCAAGUGACACCGGUGAUGCUCAGGAUUAUGGGAACAAUAGAGGUGCAGAUUCAGGACUUGACAAUGUGGAGGACGAACAGGACACAGAAGAGGAGGCGCAGAGGGAGAUCACAUAUAGACCUAAAAAGAAAAGCACAGGUAGGCCCAUAGGAAGGCCUAAGCGCCAUGAACCAGGCAACAUAGCGGAAGGCCAGUCUUCAAACACCAAGUCUGGAAGACUGCAAGCACAGAGGUCAAAGAGAACACAAUGCAGGGAUGAAGAAAGUGAGGCCAAGCCAAGUGACAGUGGCACAUCCUUUGAUUCGGCAGAGGAGGAAGAGGAGAGCUGCAGGGAUGCGAAGAAGAACACAGUGAGAUCAAGGGGGAGACCAGACCAUUCUGAUAGUGACUGUGAUUUUGACCCAGAAGAAAGAAAGAAAAGGAGGUACAGCAGCCAGAGCAGUGGUAAAAGCUCAGGGAAGCGUCGGGGAAGACCAAGGAGAAAUCCUAAAGAUGACUCUUAGAAUGAACUGAGCUAGCAGGCAAAGCAUGUUCACCGAGACAAGAAUGUAAUUCAAUUUGAUUGUCUUCUACUGUUAAAGGAUGCAGAUUGCAAACAACUGAAACUUUCCAAUGUGGCAAGCAUGAAGUAGAACUACGGUGCCCAGCACAAAAAAAAAUGUAAAACAGCUAAUGGCCCUGUCUUAAGCAAGGGUCUGGUUUGUCCAUCUGGGCUUCUGUAGAAGCAUGGCAGACGGAUCCAAGAAGAGGACCCCGCUCCGUAUGUAGAUAUGAACAGCUCAUUCUAAGAGAAACACAACGAUUCUUAUUUUUCAGGUAAUUUUUCACUAAAGAAAACAUACUUAUUAAUAUUGUAUUACAUUUCUAAGAAAUAUAUCUCCCUAAAUUAUGCACACUGUACCUUUAAGAGAAGCUCUUGCUUUGAAAAUACCUUUGAACCCUGUUACCUGAUCAAAUGGUCAAAGUGGAUGAAAGUAUAUUAAACAGGGCUGAUGUUAAGCGCC